CAGUCACUUCACACUUAUGUUCUUGGGUUUAAAAUGGUUUUUUAUGUAUUGCAUUGAGAAAUAAAAGAUAGUUUAUAAGGUUUGUGAAAAGUUCCAAAUUUACAUUUUAGUGUUAAAUAUAACUUAAGUUUGUUACUAAAUUGUAACAGUAUUUUAGAAACGGAUAUUUAGUGUUUGACUGGUAAAAUUUGAUGUAAGUUUAUACAAACAUAACCUCUCAAGAGUUGUUCAAACGGUUUUUAAAACACAGUUUUUGAUGUCAAUGGGGUUAAAAAGCUUAUAUUAAAAUCAUGAAGGAGUUGGAGGAUACUAACUGCGAGAAUCGCAGAAUUGUCGAGCUUCAAUCGUCAAUUUGGGAUCGACUGGGUGCUGCAUCAGAGGAUGAGCAAUCACCGGGCGAUGGACAGAAUGAUGCAUUUGUAUCAAUGAAACCGUUGGGUGGAUUUUUAGAUGGAGCGAAUCAUGCAUGGUUAAGCCGUGGCAAUCGUCUUAUUGUAAUAAAUGCAAGAACUGGAGAAAGCGUUAGUUCAUGGAACUUUAGAUAUCGAAUAACUGCCGUCUCUCCAUUUCCAACGCAGGCAGGACAACUUCCUUUGCUUUUAAUUGGUCUCGAUAAUGACGCUCAUAAAUUGAAGGAUUCUAUUGGCAUGCUUUGUGUCUUCAAUUGCACAACUUCCCGUAUUUUAAGAGUCAUUCGAGUGCCAUGUGGUGUAGAACAAAUUUGUGUGAUAUGUGGAGGAACCGAGUGGGAAGAAUUAUGUGAUCAGAAAGUAGCAACAAUUUUUGGAAGUAAUUCAGGGAUAGCGUGUGUGGCUUUACGAAAUUUUGAUUAUCUUAUAAUUGAUCUUCAACGAUCGUUGUGGGACACUGUGAGUCCUUAUCUCGUCACAGAUGAAUUGUCUCCAUAUGAGAUUGAACUUCCCAAUACUAAAGGUUCUUCCUCUUCGUCGAGACGUUCUUGUAAUAAAGAGAAACAUACAGCCUGCAGUUUAAUUAAUAGUCGAAUUGAUAAAUAUUUAGGUUUCAAUCGUGAGACGUUUGAAUUGAUGAAUCUCCCCGAGGAGAAAUUGACAACGUCGUUGAUAAAUUCAAAGAAAAUAGGAUGCCUGAUUGCUGGUUGCCUGGGAAGAGUCAUCCUUUGGCAAAGUGAUGGUACAGUUGGUUGGAUAAGUCCCCAAUUCGAUGAGAAUAUGUCAGUGAGUCAUUUGGCACUAAUUGAGCCAGCCGACGAUCCAAGACCAUUUUACUAUCUCUGGAUAACAUGUGAGGACGAUUCAGGAAUAGCGGCACCCGUUCUAAGAAUGUACGCGAUGCUUUUUGAGAAGAAAACAUCAGACAAUGAAAUUAGUUUCAAACUCGAGAGUGAUCCAAGUUUAAAAUUUGAAAUUGAACUCGAUGAGGGCGAUAAGAUAAGUUGUUUAUUGCCAGUCGAGAGGGAGAAUACGAUUGAUCGUGGUGAGGAGAGUUUGCUAUUAAUUGGCACGAAUAGUAGAAUGUUACUUUUUGAUUUAAAUCAAUGGUAUAGGGAGCAAAUGCCAUUGACGGCUUCGGAAUGCUCGAAUCAGAAUAGUAUAUUGGCGAGUUAUAGAACUGGAAGUGAGGUGGCGAUGAAUUCGAUGAGGGAUUUGAUUGUUAGUACCAUAUACGUUCCGGCGUCGAUUAAGGAGUUUGUGAAUAGUGGACCGAAUGCUUUGGAGGAAUUGUUCUUUCCGAAUUCGUUGUCUUUCGAGUGGAUCGAAUUGUCGGCGGGGAGAAUAAGUUUCUGGUUGACACGCGGCGUUCAGGCGGAUUUGUUAAGGAAGAUUGUGACUACGGGACCGGUUUCACUUAUCCAGCCGAUUGAGAUAUUUCACAGGUGUAUCAAUGCGGGACUCGUUCCUUUUAAUACGGAAUUUUCGUUUAAUAGCGAUCAUAAUGGACAGAGGGAGAUGUUGCUUUCGUUGUGCCUCGAGCAAGGUUGGACUAAUUUUUUGGUUAAGUGUGCAAAGGAAUGGUCGGACGGCAGUGCUUCGUAUUUGUUUCCGGCUUUUUUACGCUGGAGCGUUCAACGUGGGACGUCGAUAAAAAUCUAUGCCGAUCAACUCAGUGUGGCACUCUUCGAUCAGUCGGGAACAAACAUUGGCGAGUCGGAGGCAAAAGUUUUGCGCUUCUGUUGUCAACAACUUGAGUCCUUGUCGAUUGUGGUCAAUAAAUUGAAUGGGGAUUCAGUGGAUUUUAUUAUGCAACAGAGAGCCUUGAAGAGAGUUGCGAAUUAUUUUCAAAUUCUGGUUUGGUUUUACGACGUUGGUUUAUUGCCAGAAACAUUAGAGAAUGAUGAGAGUGAUUCUAGAAUUCCGUAUGCUUAUCAGAGUAUAAUGGGAUUGUAUAGAGAGAAAAGGGAGAAAUUGAGUGCGAAGAGGAAUAAUAGAGAGGAGGAGAAUCUUUUUAUCGAUAAUUUGAUAAAUCGAGAGUGUUCUUCGUUGAGAUCGCAGUGGGAGAGAGAAGGUGCCGAGGUUGGAUCUGUCGGUUCGUAUCCACCUCCUUCCUUGCAGUCUCUACUUCGCAGUUAUUUGUCCGAUUGUCACCAGGACGAACUCGUCGAUCUGGAGCACAAACACCAGAUUACUUACUAUUUUCUCCUCGACCUAGCGAUGACUUUAAACGAUUCUAGCACAAGGAAAAAUCAACUUGUCAAAUAUCCAGCGGCCUUCAAACUUAGUCCAAGUCUCAUCAAACUUGUCCAGGCAUUUUGGCUCCUUGAUCAUGAGGAUUAUCAAGGCUUUCUAGACAUUAUCAUCGGACAAUCGAUUCUUGAAUCCGAUAUCAAAGAUUGGCACCAUCAACUAGUGAUUAAGAAUCUAAUGCACGACAAUCAGCAUAAAUUAGCUUUGAUAUAUUUACGAGUGCGAAAACCACCAUUAAUGACCCUCGAGGAGCAGGAGACGGUAAUUAGCCUCUCUGUCGAAUAUGGUUUAGUUCAAUCAGCCUUUCACUGUCGACCCUCUUCACACUAUUCUCAAUUGCUGAUGAGAUUCUUCCGAGCUUGUAAAAAUUACGGAAAACUAUCGGAAAUUCUACACUUGGCUUUGGACAAAGAGGAGGAAGACGCGUUCGUCAGAUUUCUCGAAGAGGACAAAAGCGAGGAAACAAAGCUCCUCUACUACCUCCAACGUUCCCGUUUUCCAGAAGCAAGCACAAUUUCCUCGAGUUCACGUUUUGGUAUUCACUUACAAAAACCCGUUUCCUUGAACAUGUUCCAAGCUUACAAUGGAACUCUCCCUGAAAUUACGAGACGAUUCACUAGCAAUCAGUUGAAAAAGAACGACCAAAUGGACCUCGAUGUUAGAUAUCCAAGACCAAUGUCCCACGCGAGGAGUUAUAACAAAUUACACGAAAUUUACGACACCGUGGUCAGAAAAGCGAAAGAGACUUUCAAUCGCAGUGAGAGAACGCAAAUUCCCUUCGUCAGUGCCCCUUGCAUGUCAUUGAAGUCACACCCCACGAGCACCGAAGUAAAUUGUGUUCAAUUCAUGCAAAAGAAGAAAUAUCCGGUGAAACGAACCAUUCAUCAAGUCCAAGCUGGUGAAACUCUCGAAUCGAGUGAAACGAAACGAAUCAAACUUUCCGAUCAAUCACAAAGAUCACUCCAAGAUCAGAAAAGAAAGAAGAGUUUGGGAAAAAUAAACGAUAAAUCGAUUUUAGGCAUUGAGAAUCUAUUCAGUACACCUUUAGUCAAGUGCAAGGGAAAAUUCACAAAUCCAGUGAGUACUCCUCUUGAGACACCACAUUCCAUUCUUAAGAUACGACAACUAAUUAGACACUCCGGUUCACCGUCUCUCAAUAUCUCACCCGAUUUGACAUUAACAGAGCCAAUAAGCGAGAAGAAACCGAGACAAAUUCGUUUUAGUGUCAGCCAAAUACAUGACGAAAGUUUUCAAUCCGAACUCUCGAGUAGCAAACUAAGAGAUGAUUCAAAGGAAGUGAUCGAUGAGGAACCGUCAGAAGUAAGCGAAGAACAUUUCUUCAGUCCAAAUGUAAGCGCAAGAUCGGAGGAGAGUUCAAUUCUAUCGGAUACGAGCAUUAGUUUCGCUGGACCAAGACCAAGACCCAGUUUACAGAGACGUAGCGUUAAUUUAUCAAUGAACGAUUCUAGGAGAAAUUCAUCUAAAACCGCCAGUCCAUCACGUUCUUUAAUUUCAACAAAAGACGUUUCUGUCUCGCCAACGAAUUCUGAUUUCAACGUCAGUACACGAAGUUCAAGAACUAGAAAUCCACUGUUGUCAUCAAUUUACUCAUCGUCAGUGUUAUCCGAUUUGAGUUAUGAUGAAAGUUUCAAAGCUCAAGAGCAGAAUAAUUCGAGAGAUGAAAAAACGAGUCGCAUUUCGAAAUCAAUGUCCUUCACCUGUGUCGUGAAAACAGUUGUCGAGAAAAUGGAAAUUGUCGACGAGAAAGAGAGUGAAGAAUUAAAUGACACUGUGGUUGAGGAAGUGAGUAAUGAGGACAUCGAUGAUCAACUAGGACUGGAAUUUGAUUUGAGUCGUAAAAUAAGUCAAGUAAUUGACAAAACAAUUGAAAUCGAUUCCGAUGAUUCGAGCGUUGUGAGUGAAAAAUCCCCAAGAGAAACGGAAUUUAAUGGUGAGAUUCAUGCAGAGAAAUUAAUAAUUGAAGAAAGUGGUAAAAUUGACGGAAUUCAUGAGGAUACGAACAGAAAUAUUCUUCCUGAAGGUGCUCCUCAUUCAAUGACGGAAUUGGACGGUGAGAGUUCGGACGAAUUGGAAAUGUUGCCAUUGAAGGACGAGGAGGAUGAAGUUUUCGAAAGUUUGUCAAAUUCGAUCAACACUGAUGUUCAUUCGCCGAGGAAUGUUGAGGAAAGAAUGGAUUUCUCAAAAGAUAUCACCGAUGAUGAUGAUGAAGAGGACGACGAGGAAGAUGAUAAAGAGGAUGAUAAAGAUUCAACAGAAGACGAUGAAGAAAAUGAGAAAGAAGAUGUUGAAGAAUAUAAUAAAGACGAUAAUAAAGAAGAUACAGAAGAUGAUAAAGAAGAUAACGAAAAUAAGGAAAAUGAUGACAAAGAUGAUGAGAACGAGCAAUCGAUCGUGAUCCUCGACGAAAAAUUAUCGGACGAAGAGAAAAUUGUCGAUAGUUUAGAGAAAACUCGUAAUAAUACUUCGAUUAGUGAAAAUUUAUCGAAUCAAGAAGUAGUGGAGGAAAAAGUUGUUUCAUUACCAAAACGAAGAGUUUCUCUCCGGAAUACACCGAUCCGAGAGACAAGAGCAACGAGAGCUUCAUCUUUAGCAAAAGAAAACGUAAUCGUCGAAAAUUCAUCCAUUCAUUCCACCGAAGUGCAAAUUCGUGAAACGAGAUCACAAAAAACUAAAAAUACUAGUCAAAUUGAAAAAACACAAAGUCCACCUCAAGUUAAAGAGGAUAAAUCGAAAAGAAUCAAGAAGGAUUCACCUGUGGCGAAAAUCUCCAAAAUCAAAGAAUCUGAAGAAAAAAUAAAAUUGGUUGAAAAAGAUACGACAGUGGAGAGUGUAUCAACACCCAGACGAUCGAGAAGAGCAUCAUCGGUUUCGAAAAUUCAAGUUGAAAAAUUACCAGACGAAGUGGAGAGAAGAGUGGUUCGAUCUAAAACACCCCCGAGGGAUGGGAAAACCGAGGAUGAAAGUGAGAAACGAAGUCGAGCGAAACGUGGUAGUUCGCUCGUUAAAGAAAUAUUGUCAUCCACCGUUGAAUUAGGAACGAAACGUGGAGGACGAAAAAUCUCAUCGGAAUCAGAGGUUUCAGUUCAGGAAGUCACUCCGAAACGUGGUCGUCCGAAGAAAAUUCAAGAAACAGAAGUCGAGGAGAAAAAAGAGGAGGAAACGUCGCGAACCUUGAGGAGAAAUACAAGAAGAGCGGCGUCUGUACAAAGGGAACUCUCAACUUUAGAAUCAACAGUUCCUGUUGACUCUAAAAUCGAGGAGACAAUUGUCGAACCAGUCGAAAUCGACACCACCGAAACAAAGAGAAACACGAGAUCAAGACGAGCAAAUUCUGUAUCAAAGGAAGUUCCAUUACCGCGUCUAACUAGAGGCACGUCCCUAUCGAAGGAAAUCCCAAUCGAAACACAAGAACCAGUAAGACAAACUCGAAGAAGAGGAAAUUCGGUACCAAAGGAAAUCUCAUUAGUUCCAUCGACUUCAAAAUCAAAACGUUCCGCGAACGUUUCGAAAGAAACAGAAGAGUCAUCAAUGCAGGAGAGUGAAGAAAUAAUCAUUCCGGUGAUUAAAAAACGUAAUCGUUGUCCAUCGGUUCAAUCGAUUCCAGAGGAAGUUGAGGAAAUUUUGAAUAUUCCGACGAGGAGUAAAUCGUCGAGAUCGAGACGUGCGGUGAGUGUUGAUUUACCAGUUGAGCCUAAGCGUUAUACGCGUAGUAGUCGUUUAAAGGAGACAACAAUAGUCGAGGAUGUUAUUCAAGAGGAGAGUAGAGUUGAGGAACAAAUGAGAUCGAGUCCUCCUCCGGUUGUUAGACAAAAUACAAGAAGAAAAAGAGCAGCCUCUGAGACAAUUGCCAAUGAGAAAGAAAAAGAAGAAGUUGUCGUCGUCGCCGCCGCCAAGACUAGUGUUGAUAAAUCGAGAAGAGGGAGAAAAGUUUCACAAAAAAGUGACGAUGUUGGCGAUGAAUUUUCCUUCUCGCCGCCAGAACAAACUUCACCUCCUAAGGAUAAAAAAGGAAUAAGUCAAGUACAUAAUUUUGUUUUUUCACCACCGCAUACCAGAUCGAAACAAACAAGCCAGCCUCGUAGAUAUAAAAGUUUCAUUCCGAGACAAGAGGAAAAUGAAGAAGAAUUCUUGACAACGAUUGGGACUGAAAAAAUAAAAGAGGACGAGCAAGAUAAUUCAGAUGAGAUUAAUACGAGAAAUCCUCUCUUAAGGUUUGUCCCCUCAAAAUUCACUACUAGAAAAACCUUUACUUUGGAUAUUAAGAAAAAAGGAAAUAAGUAAAAUAAUUUGAAUAUAAAAUUUUUUUCGUUUGCAAAAUUUUCAAUUGACGGAAUUCUUUCUUUUGGAGGAAAGAAUUAUUUUCAAUGUGUUAUCUAAAUUUCCGAUUAAAGAAAAAUUAUUUUUA